AUGGACAUCCAUUCAGAGAUCAAAAACUCAAACAUGCACAAAGCAACACGCAACAGAGAAUCUGACCUGCAAGGUGCUGUUGCCCCUGUGCCUCAGUACCAAACAUUAGGGGUCAGAAAGUCAGACCCACUGAGGUCCCCUGGACAGCUGAUCUCAGUAAAGCUGGUGCAGCUCUUUGCACAAUAUCCAGGCACCCCUCAAGUAUUUUCUUUUUUUAACAGACAAGAAGUAAACAUCAAAGCAUAUGAUAAUUCCAUGCCAAUCAGCAAAUCAAGCAGAAAAUUAUGGAAUCAAGAAUGCUUCACUUUGACAAUUCCUAAACCACCUCAGCCAGGUAGAAAAAAGAGAUCAAGACCUUCAGAAUUACAAAUCACAGUUCCUAGAUGUGACAAAAGAAAAUUAGAGGAAGUUCAUAAGCCACCUCAUAUAUGGAUAAGGCAUUUUUUAAGAAAAAUUUUCCAAAGGCCAUCUAAUUACUUCACUGUCAGUAGACAGGCUCCAUUUAGCCAUCCUUGUACUCCUAAAACCCAUCCUGGAAAGGCAGAAUCUAAAAAGUUGGAAGAUUACAAUAAAAGAACAACUUUUAAGAAAGAUUCCAAGAAAAAUACUGGCCCACAUGAAACAGCUCCAGAAUCCAAGGAAACAGGAAAUAAUAAAAAACCUAAAAGAGGAGACAAAACAGACAAAACUCCAUCAAAAUCAUCACAUGAAAGUGAAAUAUCUACGGAGUCAAAGUACAAAUCAGGAACAAACCCCAAAUCCAAAGAUUCUCAGGCAGUCUUAAUGAAGCAACCAAAAAAAUGUAAGAGAGAUUUCAAAAAUUCCAAGGAGACAGAUAUUGAAUCCAUAUGUACAAAAAAGGAAUCUAAGAGCUCAAAGAACAAUUUUAAUGCCAAAUCUGAGGCUUGCUCAAUAAAUAUUUCAAAUAUGGAUUUAAUGACAUAUUUAGAGGAGUCUGGUGCUGAAUCCAUGGAAUUUGGUAUGUGGUUAAACAAUUACUCACAGAAUAAUUCAAAGAAGCCUUCGAAGAAGGAAGCAAAGAAAAGCUCUGAUGCUGAAUCUUCAGAUUCCAAAGAUACAAAGAAGGAUAAAAAAGGUAAAGGGAAAAACAAGAAGAAGGAUGCAAAGGAAACAGAGUCAACUGAUGCAGAAUCUGAGUCUGAAUUGGAGUCAAAAAAGGAUAAGAAAGAUUCAAAGAAAGGUAAGAAAGGUUCAAAGAAAGAUGACAAGAAAAAGGAUGCCAAGAAGGACAUGCUGUCAACUGAUGAAGAUCCUGAAUCUGAACAGAUUUCAAAAAAGGAUGAAAAAGUUGAAAAGACCAAUAAGAGAGAGUCAAAGAAAGAUGACAAAAAAAAGACUGCAAUGAAGUCUGAAGAGUCUAGUGAAACUGAAUCUGAUUGGGACUCAAAAAAGGAAAUAAAAGCUAAGAGAAAGUCAAAGAAAGAUGCCAAGAAACAGGAUGCAAAGAAGAGCAUAGAGUCUACUGAUGAUGAAUCUGAUCUAUCUUCCAAGAAAGAAGAAAAGAAGCCAGGGAUGAACAAAAGUUCAGAUGCUGAAUCUGAAGAGUCAAUGCAUAAACCUAGGGCUAAAAAUAAAGGCGUUGAUGAAUCAGAUGCAACAUCUACAGAUUCAAAGAAGGAAGCACUGGAAAUAAAAAAAGAUUUUAAAACGUCAUUCAGAAAGACGACAUUCAAAGAAAAAGAAAAACAAGCAGUUGCAGGUAGAGUUCCUCCAUCAAGAGAAAGUUCACUACCAUCUCCUUGCGAGCCUUUACAACUAUCACCUAAGAUCAAACGUCUCUGUCGGUGCAAGAUGGAUCCUCUGCCUCCAAAACCAAGAUAUGCUCCUUUGCAUGGUAGGGAUAAAUCUGCUAAAAUCAGAGAAUAUGUGGAUAUGGAUGGGUCUUGA